AUGGCGCCGAUUCGACGUUAUCUGCGCAUAAGCAAAUACUCUGUCCUCGAAUGUCGCAUCUUCCUCGAGAACCCCGCGGACGAAUCGAGGUGGCUACUGAAUGAAAAAGAGCCUGCGCUUCCCCGGAUCUUCGAAGCAGUCAGACCAUUCGUCUUGCCUAAGCUGCGCGAAGAAAACGAGCGGGCCAAAGGCAGAGGGAAGAAGAAAAAGAGCAUCAAGGAUGUCGUGAAACAGGGCGAGUGA